CAUAACAGACAAAUGAACACUAUAUGAAGUAAAACGUUCCCACUCAGGGWGAAUCAAAACAAAGUUUUCUUCUCUUUUUAACUACGAAGUACCUCAUUCAAUUGACCACAGACAACUUAAAGAAUGGAUUCCAGCUCUGGUAGAGUKUCCACUCCAAUUCGCUCGCCAACAGAGAGAGACUCCCGGACUUUGACAGUCAAUAGAACAAGCGACUUUCCUUUCGAAUUUCGAAGGGCRAUGCUAAGUCCUCCUACUGGGCAGCUGAGAAGGGAUUCUACUGGUUCUCUGUCGCCUGAAGAAGAUAUGAAUUUAGAAAAUUUUGACGACGGUCAAGAUUGGGACACCGACCUCGAGAUGGACGAAGGGAAAGAGGAAUAUGAUGUGACAGGCAGAACUACCUAUAUCCAAGCAUGUCGAGARUCUGGUGUCAUCCCUGCAUCAUACUUCUUAAGAAACAUGCAGCAGCCAGAGAUUGACAUAAAGCAUCAUGGCCUUGGGCCGAUGGGUACUAAGGCUAUUGCAAUUGCUUUAGUGUCCAACACAUCAGUCAUCAAGUUAAACCUGAGAGAUAACUGGAUGGGACCAGAGGGAGUCAGCUAUGUGGCUGAGAUGCUUCAUGAAAACUGCUAUGUUUCUGAUCUAGAUAUAUCAGAGAACAGAUUAGGGGACAAAGGUGCAGAGCAUCUCAGUGAUAUCCUUCUACACAAUCAUAACAUUCAUAGAUUUACAGCUAGUGGCAAUGGAUUUGAAGACAGAGCUGCAGGAAUACUYGCAGAUGCUAUUAAGAGCAAUACCACAGUAAAGUAUCUGUGUCUAAGUCAUAACAAGAUUGGAGAAAAAGGAGGGCAGUUUUUAUCUCCUGCAUUAGCUGCUAAUGAUGCAAUAACUGAGCUUGAUUUGAGCUGGAAUCAUCUKCGAGGCAAAGGGGCAUGUGCCCUGGCGUUGUCCCUCAAGGAAAAUAUCACUUUAAAAAUUCUCAACCUGGCAUGGAAUGGAUUUGGUAAUGAYGGAGCACUAGCAAUGGGAGAAGCACUCAAAGUUAAUUCUUCGUUACUUGAACUUGAUUUGACAUUGGAAAAAAUCCGAUGCAAAGUGCUGGAGCAUAUGCUAUCGUGAACGCAAUGAAGAAUAACCCAGAGAGUGCCCUUAUAGAAGUUGAACUUUCUGAUAUCACUGUAAAUAAUGACUUUUUAGAUCUUUGUAAGGAAGUUCUUACAACAAGACCCAAUGUCAGAAUAACCCAUGGGGGUGGUGGAGGGGCAUUGACCAAACCAAAGGCCCGCCCUGCACCGAUGAAGAUUCUUAAGAACUACAUAGAAGACAACAGAAUGCGAUUGCUAGAUUUAUUCAACACGUUGGACAAGGACAAAAGUAUGAGUUUGACGGUGCAGGAGUUUGCAGAGGGAUUAAAGGAAACCGGGAUGGAUAUGAAUUACGAAGAACUUUUCAAGCUUAUUGAAACGCUCGACAAAGACAAGGAUGGAGAAAUCAAUUACAGUGAGUUCGUCAUGGGUUCGUUCGAACAAGUCAUCGAGGACAGAAAAGAGAAGCUUAAAGAACAAGCAGCUGACGAGAGAAGACGUCGCAUUUUAUCCCCAGCCCCCCCUCCACCCAGCAGAUAAGAGAUGGAUGAGAAUUCAUGGUUUCGACUCAGAAAAUAAGCAACCACCGUUGUAGUGGUUUUCCUCUUGCCCCACGAAGUCUUGCUCGUACAACAAAGGUGAUGAGGAAUUUCGCGGUGUUAGGAAAGUAACAUCUUAAACAAAAUAAUAAUCUUAACUUUGUGGGACUCAUUGGACCAUAGUAACGGUAACUAAAUAGAGUCGGAACCAUUAAUAGUAUUACGUAUAAARUUGAAAGAAAUUCUUCUCAUUUUGGUCAUAAUCAUGAGAAAAUUGGAUGAACGAGUAGAGGGAAGUAGAACCAUUCGAGUUUGUAAAACAAUAGGCGAGCUGGAAUGGGUAACAUUUAACAAUUCACCCACGUGACUUCCUCCCAACGUUUGUGCCARACCCUACUCUUACACAGCGAGUCCCACGUGUCUCCUGCAGACAGCGUUACGUUUGAAGAUGGUCAAAACCAAUUACAUUAAAAUGGGUGUAACUAAAYGAAAAUAGCUGUUAUCUGAAUUCAUAUUUUUACGAUAUAGAUUUUAUAUGAUUUUUUUUUAAGAUUGUAAAUAUAAAAAUUAAAGAGGAUAACUUGAA